AGCAACAACAGCAACAACAACAAUAUCAGAAACCAUGAUCAUGACUACAGGGGUAGUGUGGAUAUGGGAGAGCGGGCUCGGAGGGCAGACGCCGAGAGUCCGGAGAGUGCAGGGCGGCCACUGAGACUAGGGGCGAUUAGUCCACCGCCCGCUGGUCAGGGGUUGGAUGGAUAGGUCUAGAUGAGUGGUUGUCCGAGGGGGUCUGGGGGAGGACGUGCGCGCUUUUUUUUCUUUUUUGUUUACAUGUCUGGUGAUUCGAUCAGGGUGGCUGGUCCUCUUUACGAGCCUUCUUUUCGCAUUUCAGAUGGAGUCAAUUCACGAUGAAACGGCAGGCUAUACCUCUCUCUCUCUCCGUUCUCCCUCACUCGCCAUAUCUUCAAUCUUUCAUGUCUCGCGUACUAUACCACCUUCAUCCUUGGGUUCUUUUCUGUCUGUUCUAGGGUUGUUCGAGGGGUCUGUUCUUUUUUUUUCCUCCCCAAGGAUUCUGUGCAUAGCAAUAUUUGGUGAUUCGAGCAAAAUGAUGAUACAUUUUCUUUCCUUUCAUCAUUCCGUCCUUCCUUUCUUCUUCACUACCCAGCUAUGCUGGAGUACUAUAUGUAUGCUCUACUAGUAUCAAUAGGGCUGUCUCCAUAGUAGAGUAAGUGUACUCUACUCCACUUCUCGACGUCUCCAAUUCCUGUUUCGAUCGUGAUGAAAUCUCUUCAGUAAAGCAAAG